AUGGAACAGGUGGCAAGGCUUAGCAGUCCUGUGCUGGAGGUCUGUCCGCAAGGCAAGCAGGAGGGGGAGAGUGAGAGGGAUGGAAAUGAGCUGUUUGCCCAUUCUGCAUGUGGCAUAGAGGGGGGAAGGGGGAGGAGUAAGGAGGAGGAGGAGGAGGAGGAGGAGGAGGAGGAGGAGGAGGAGGAGGAGGAGGAGGAGGAGGAGGAGGAGGAGGAGGAGGAGGAGGAGGAGGAGGAGGAGGAGGCAGGUAAGCACUAUGGCUGA